CUGAGAUGGCGAGCGCAGCUGCUCCUGCAGUCGCAGACUCCACCCUGCCCCCGCCUUUGGAGCAGCUCCGGCACCUAGCAGGAGAGCUGCGGUUCCUCCUUCCUGGAGUGCGGGUCGGCGAAGCCCGGGAGACCACCAAGGAGUUUGAUCGGGAAACCUUUUGGAGGAGACUCCGUGAGACAGCUAUGGCAGUGUCAAGGGCAGCCACGACUCUGACCGAAGUCUUCUCUCGACUUCCACUGCCGUCACCACAGGAAACCCAGAAGUUCUCUGAACAAGUCCAUGCUUCCAUCAAGGCAAUUAUUGCAGUAUACUAUUCGCUUCCUAAGGAUCAGGGAAUCACCCUGCGAAAGCUGGUACGGAGUGCCACUCUGGACAUCGUGGAUGGCAUGGCUCAGCUUGUGGAAGUGCUUUAUAUCACUCCAACUCAGAGCCCUGAGAACCUUAUUUCCUACAACAGUGUCUGGGAGGCAUGCCAGCAGGUGCUUCGGAUCCCAAGAGAUAACAAAGCUGCAGCCCUUUCAGUGCUGACAAAGAGUGUGGAUCUUGUGAAGGAUGCACAUGAGGAAAUGGAGCAGGCUGUGGAAGAAUGUGACCCUUACUAUGGCCUCUUGAGUGACAUUGAGGAGGACAACUCUGACAACCACAGUGAUGAGGAGGAUAUAUUGGGAUGUCCAAGCAAUCGGGACUCAUAUUGGUCAGAGGAAGAUCAGGAGCUCAUAAUCCCAUGCCUUGCGCUGGUGAGAGCAUCCAAAGCCUGCCUGAAGAAAAUCCGGCUCUCAGUGGCAGAGAAUGGGAAGAAGGAUCAGGUGGCUCAGCUGGAUGACAUUGUGGACAUUUCUGAUGAGAUCAGCCCUAGUGUGGAUGAUUUGGCUCUGAGCAUAUACCCACCCGUGUGCCAUCUGACUGUGCGAAUCAAUUGUGCAAAACUUGUAUCCGUUUUAAAGAAGGCACUUGAAAUUACAAAAGCAAGUCAUGUGACCCCACAGCCAGAAGAUAGUUGGAUCCCUUUACUUAUUAAUGCUAUUGAUCAUUGCAUGAACAGAAUCAAGGAGCUCACUCAGCAUGAAGUUGAAUUAUGAAUUUUCAGGCUCAUUUGUUCUUUCCUCUCUCCCUUUCUUACUGUCGCAGCCAAGCUCUGAUGUCUGCUUUUAGAAUGGGGCUAGGAUACUUUCUGGACCGAAAGGGAGGUCCUAUCUAUACUUAUCAAGAGACACUAUUACCAAAGUUUGUUGAUUAGGCGAAACUGGCAAUUAUUUAUAAACCAUGUGAAUAUGAUAUGUUUUUCUGUGCCAGAUAUAAAAGAUAACUAUGAAUUUUUGUUCUUGAGUUGCCUCUCAGAGAUUCCUGGGGAAGCUGCCUUAUUCCCUAUUUGCAAUAACGUGUGUCGUUUCAUUGUUAAAGAUGUUGAUAGUCUCAAUAAAAUGCUAACCUGCUAGUGCUUAAA